AUGGAUCGAUCGAUGGCCAACACACCUCUGUACGCCCGAGAAAAGGUCUUUGGUGAAACCAGGGAAAGGCGAAACGUCGAGAGGCUGCUGCUCGACCCCCCAGAAAAGCUCUCGAUCACGCGCUCGGAUGCAGAGUUGCUGGAGGAGCACCGCGAGGUGCUCUCCUCUUGGCGGUUCGAGGUGAGGGUGGACCAAGGGCAGCAGGGGGGCGACGGCCUCACGCCGGUGGUCACCCUGACAGCCGUCCCCAUGGUCUGCGGCGUGAGGUUGUCGGUGCAGGACUUUGUGGGCUUCCUGCACUUCCUGCGCGAGAGCGUGGAGCCCGGGCAGUCGGCUCGCCGGCUCCGCCCGCCCCAGGUGCAGCACAUCCUCAACUACAAGGCCUGCCACUCCGCCAUCAGGCAAGCCAGGCGCCGUCGUGCGUGUAUCGUGUUUGGGGGCCGCCAGCGUGGGACGGUGGCGGCGGCGGCGGCGGCGGCGGCGGCGGCGGCGGCGGGAAUAGCAGGCCGUCUGGGACAUGAGCGUGAAGGAGGUGAAGGAGGGGGAGAAUCGGGACUAGAGACAUUGGAUAGCCUGCUUGCUUUCGCCUAAGACAGCGAUGAAAAUGGCUCUGGCAUGUAUCGCGAAGACGAGUUGGGGGGGCAGGGGAAGCAUGGAGGAGCUUUUCGAGUUGAGUCCCUGAAGAAACGGGAUGGGGCUCUUGCGAGCGUACGCCCUACCGAGCGGUACACGUAUGUUCCGUGUUCUCUACGCUACGCGGACUUGACCUUUGUGACAUCGAGUUUCCCGUGCUCCUAUAUACUCGUCAGGGAAGUACGAAGCCCCCCCCACGUGCCUCCGUCCAACCGACCCCGGAGAACUCAAGGUUUUGCCGGCGUCCACAUCUUGUGUCCACUUUCGAAGGCCUCUUGCACGUGCGCUUUCGGGUUUGGUGUCGUUCGUCGCGUCAGGUUGUACUCGGUGCGAACAUUUCACGUUUUUUUUUCGUGAAAGUGCUGCACAGGGUUGUUGUAAUACCCCCGGUUGGUGGUAGGAAGUUUCUUGGAGGAUGUUGCGUCAACGUGUAGCACCCCGUGUGUGUGGCAGAUUGUUUCGAUGGCAACGCCAUACUUCAUUCAGCGCGUGUUAGAAGCGCAUUUGAGAAUGUUCCCGACGACGUACCCGCCAAUCACAUUUUUUUCUUGUGCUUGGUGUUCUCUACCACGUUGUUGCGCUGGUUCUGGCCCCUAUCCCGUCCCUCUUCUCGCGUAUGCUGUUCAAGGAACAGGCACGAAUUUCAGUGGUUGAACAACCAGGCCGAAGGUCGGGCGGGCCCCAUUUUUUUUUGCCAGCGACACUCUUCGAUGCCCGGCAAGAUGCGUUUUUGCUCUCCACAUCUCUUUUCCUCCACAUCUACCCCGGUUAUAUCGAUGUUGGGGGGGAGAACUUGAGAACCCGUGGACGGCAAAGUGCGCUGAUUUGUUCCUUUUUCCUAUACUGCUUUGUGCGUCUGUAGUGCUCGUCGCAGCUCUCAAAUAACGAUGAGAUGGCAACAGCGGCCCCGCGCGAAAGGUGCACUUGGCGGUGUCAUCGUUGGCAGCCCUUCCUGCGCACCAGCCAUGAGCAGCGGACCAACCAAUGGAUGAGAACCAUGAAGCCGUGUGCUUCACUUCAACAAAGCCAGCAUUCAAGCCGACGAAAAGCUGCGUGGGUCGAGCGGAGUAGAACUCGAUCCCGAGAUCGUUAACUUUCAACACAGCUGCCAACAAACGGCACACGCAAGUGAUUGGAAUGUCCAAGCCACCCGACGCUCUAAGCUGCAGAGGAAUUUCACCCUCUCUCAGGCCUCCCAAAUCGUACAAGAUCAGUGUAUGUUACGGCACCGUACGACACAACAGAGCUUAACGGCACCCUCUCUUGCACCUUCAACUGCGACCGGAACUCCAACACUGAAAGCUUCCGGAGCGCAUCCCCCGCGCCCACAAAAUUUGAUCGCACAAACACGGCGGCGAGUCAACCUUUACCGCAACCCAAGUAUAUAGCACCCUUAGGCGCAUGAACUCUAGACACACAUCACGACACGUUGAAGCACAACCAUGAACACAUGUGCCAUGCCAUGAGACACCCAUCGUGACACAAGGCGAGGUACUGAUCAAACGAAUCUUGCGGUCAUAGCCUGUAAACAAACGAAUGGGCCACUGGAGGGG